UUCAGGGGUUCUUGCUUCAACAGUGAUUGAACGGAACCUCUUCUUCCUCCAAUUUAAACAUUCCACACUUCAGCGGUUUUUGUCGUAUAGAAUUCUAUUUUUGUACGUUUUGAUAAGAAAACGCUAAAACCAGCCGAAAUGGAGACUUCUCAGAUUCGUCAGAACUACCACCGCGACUGCGAGGCCGCCAUUAACAAGAUGAUUAACAUGGAGCUUUACGCCUCCUACACCUACACCUCCAUGGCCUACUACUUCACUCGCGAUGACGUCGCGCUCGAGGGUUUCGCGCAUUUCUUCAAAGAGAACAGUCACGAGGAGCGCGAGCACGCGGAGAAGUUUAUGUCCUUCCAGAACAAGAGAGGCGGCCGCAUUUUCCUCCAGGACGUCAAGAAACCGGAGCGUGAUGAGUGGGGCAGUGGACUGGAGGCCAUGCAGUGUGCUCUGCAGCUGGAGAAGACUGUGAACCAGGCUCUGCUCGACCUGCAUAAACUUGCAUCUGAUAAAGCAGAUCCUCAUCUGUGUGACUUCCUGGAGACUCACUACCUGAACGAGCAGGUGGAGGCCAUAAAGAAACUGGGUGACCACAUCUCCAACCUCACCAAGAUGGAUGCUGCCAACAACCGUAUGGCCGAGUACCUGUUUGAUAAACACACCCUGGGAGGAAAGAGUUAAAUUAACUCUCGUACAUUGACCUUUUUCAGUUUCUAACAAGAAACCUGAUCUGUCCAUGCAGGGUUGAGUUUAAACUGAAAAUAAAGCAUGGCAUUUCUGUGACUUGAAUCCUGACUGAUUCUGAUGAAUAAACAUUUUUGAGCCACA